AGAGAAAAAAGUGCAAUGGCGGCCUCCGAUAGCGGCAGCGGCGGUGGCAGCCGUAGAGUGGAUAAUGGCCACGGGGUCAGUGGACAGCAGCAGCAGGCGGGCUCCCGGCGGCGGAAAGGCCCUGGAGCCUUGGCCACGGCCUACCUGGUCAUUUACAACGUGGUCAUGACAGCCGGGUGGCUUGUUAUAGCAGUUGGUUUAGUCAGAGCAUAUUUCACCAAGGGUAGCUACCACAAUCUAUAUUAUUCAGUAGAAAAACCUUUGAAGUUCUUCCAAACUGGAGCUUUUGUUGAGAUUCUGCAUUGUGCAAUAGGAAUAGUUCCCUCUUCUGUUGUGCUGACUACUUUCCAGGUGAUGUCAAGAGUUUUUAUGACAUGGGCCAUAAUCCAUAGUGUAAAAGAGGUACAAAAUGAAGACUGCAUCCUCCUCUUUGUUGUUGCCUGGACAAUCACAGAGAUUGUACGUUAUUCCUUUUAUACAUUCAGCUUAUUGAACCACCUUCCAUACUUCAUCAAAUGGGCCAGGUACACGUUGUUCCUCGUACUGUAUCCAAUGGGAGUUUUAGGAGAAUUGCUCACAAUAUAUGCUGCUCUGCCCUAUGUCAGACAGUCUGACUUGUUUUCAAUUAGUUUACCUAACAAAUACAAUUUCUCCUUUGACUACUAUACAUUCCUGAUCUUGAUUAUGCUAUCUUAUAUUCCACUCUUCCCUCAGCUGUAUUUUCAUAUGAUACAUCAAAGAAGAAAAGUACUUUCCCUUCCUGAAGAACACAAGAAAUCCGAGUAAUCACAGCUUUUGUUCACAGCUGUGCAUAUAGAUACACACACACGUACAUACGUUUUAAAUGUUUAUAAAUAAUACAGAGUAUUAAAAUGAGUUUCCAAAACAAAAAAGUUUGGUAACCUACUAAGGAUAUCUUUCCACAC